AUGACAAAGUUAUUGCAUAUUAAACAGGUGAACAACCACUGCCUUUCGGCCAUUGUCCUUGUGAUUCUACCUUUAUUUGCAUUUGGCCAGACCAAAACGUGGUUAUUUGCAGUAAGUGGAAAUAGGCGACCCUGGAAUUUUAUUGGCAGCGAUGGGGUCUUGAAGGGAGCGGAUCUAGAUUUGAUACAGGCAGUAUGUUCAAUUGCCAACCAAAAAUGCGCCACGACGUUAGCUCCUAUAGAAGCCUGUGUACAGACCAUUCGUGGUCGGUUUUACCCAGGAGAAGGCCUGAUGGGAAGAUGGUUCGAUGCCUGUACUGGAUAUGUGAGUUCAGUGGACCGUGUCAAUGCUUUACAGUUCACUAACGCUAUCCGGACUACCACCUCAACAUUUACGGUUCUGAAGGGAAAUCCAAAAAAGUUUGAUCCAGAGGCUUUACAGAAUGCUGUGAUAGUACACUUGAAUGGAGCUUUUACAAAUGAACAGUGUGCAAUAAGAAUCGGCUUAGGAAAACCAAAGCAAGUCAUAGUAGCUUCAGGAAUUAGAGAGGCCAAAGAACUUCUUCUUAAUCAAACUGCAGAUGCGUUAUUCUCCCCUCGUACAAAUUUUAACGACCUGGAGGUUCUACCUGGCCGGUACAGGUGUGACAUCAGUGGGGUAGGUAUGAUGGUCAGGAAAGACAGUGACCUCCCGGCGUGGUGGAACACCGCCUUUGAGGAGUAUUAUUUGUCGGGGGCAUACAACAAUGCCUGUGACCAGAUCAACCAGAAAUACGGAGAUUACGUUAGGUGA